CAUGUUGGUGACGUCAAAAGCUCGGAAACAGGAACACAAUCAGACGCAACUGCAAGAUGCGGUCUCUUGUAUUAACAGUGGCCAGUUUUGCUCUAACUGGUUUCGUUGUAGGAAAUGCAUACUAUCAAAAGAAACAGUUUUAUCCCUCCGUGGUGUAUAUUACCAAGUCGAAUCCGAGUAUGGCGGUGCUCUACAUUCAGGCUUUUGUGUUUGUAAUACUCAUGGGAAAACUCAUGAGAAAGAUAUUUUUCGGUCAGCUAAGAGCAGCAGAAAUGGAGCAUCUCAUAGAGAGGUCCUGGUAUGCUGUCACAGAAACUUGUCUGGCCUUUACCGUCUUCAGGGAUGACUUCAGCCCACGUUUUGUGGCCAUGUUUACCUUACUGUUAUUUCUAAAGUGCUUCCAUUGGCUUGCAGAAGAUAGAGUUGAUUAUAUGGAAAGAAGCCCUGUAAUAUCUUUAUUGUUUCACUGUCGAGUAUUAUCACUGUUGUCAUUUCUUGGUGUUUUGGAUGUUUACUUCAUAAAUCAUGCUUACUACAGCACCUUGUUGAAGGGAGCAUCUGUGCAGUUGGUGUUUGGAUUUGAGUAUGCAAUCCUACUGACAGUGGUGUUGAUGACGUUCAUGAAGUAUGUGCUGCAUACAGUAGAUCUGCAGAGUGAGAACCCUUGGGAGAACAAAGCUGUGUAUCUCCUAUAUACAGAACUUGUCAUGGGAUUCAUUCGAGUCAUGCUGUACAUAGUGUUUAUGGCAAUUAUGAUUAAGGUGCACACCUUCCCAUUGUUUGCCAUUAGACCGAUGUAUCUUUCACUCAGGUCUUUCAAGAAGGCGCUUCAUGAUGUGAUAAUGUCACGGAGAGCCAUAAGAAAUAUGAACACAUUGUACCCUGAUGCAACUCCAGAGGAACUAGAAGCAGGUGACAAUGUGUGCAUUAUUUGUCGAGAAGAGAUGGUAACAUCCUCCAAGAAACUGCCUUGUAAUCACAUCUUCCACACCAACUGUCUGAGAUCCUGGUUCCAACGACAACAGACCUGCCCAACCUGCAGGAUGGACGUCCUCCGCAUGCCCCGUGCACAGACAACACCAGCAGCCAGGCCAGCUCAACCACAGCAGGAUGUCCAGAUGCAGAAUUUUCAAGCGAUGUUUCAAGGGAUGCCCUUUUGGCCCCCUCCACAACCCCCACCCCAACAGCCACAAGCUGCAGGAGGGGCCCCACACACUACAGGUACAACUCCUUCGACACCUACUAUACCAACAACACCUACAGCUGCUACAGCUACAAGUACAACCCCAGGAACACCGCCAAUGGCCUCACCAUUCCCUGGUGCCAUGCCACCAUAUGGUUCCUUCUUUCCAAUGAUGCCAUACUACCCACCAUUUGGUUUACCGCAGGCUCCGUCUAACAUGGCAGGGUUGACUGCAGAGGAGCUGAAAACGAUGGAGGGACAGGAGCGAGAGAAUGUGGAAGCACGAAUCCAGUGGCUGCGUGAUAUUCAGGCUCUACUGGAUGGUGCUAUGGUUCUUAUAAACCAGUAUAAUCAGGUGGCUUCACAAAUGAGUAUGCCCGGUAUAUCCUCUACAAGAGUGAGCUCCACUGCUGCAACCACUCCAUCUUCUUCAUCAAACACAUCUUCACCAUCAAUGGGAGCGAGGCCCAAAACUACAGUCAAGUCCGAGAGCAAUAUUUCAAAAUCACAAGUUAAUUUUGCACAAGUUAAGAAAGAAGAUAAAACAGAUUAUUCCGAUUUAGAAGGUGCAAUUGGUUAUACGCCUCCGACAGAGGAAGACAUUCCCCAGUGGGUGGAUCCUGCGCAAGAAGAGCAUGGUGAUGAGUUACACGAGGUCAGGAAGAGGAGAUUAAAAAAGUUUUCCCAGAAUGAUGAUGUGAACGAUAACCUAGAUCUGGACUGAGAUCCCUGAUAACAUGAAUGUGUGUGACUUAUAACUCGUACAGUAGCUGCAGUGUGGUCUCAAGAACAUACAGUUAUGCCAAUGAUAUCUUGUUGGUGAUAUCAUCAAGAAUGAACUCAGUGAAAAAGUGUCCUUUCUCCAGUAUUCCUUACAUAGUAGCAAGUACAUUUUACUUGAUAGAUAUUGAAGUAGAUAUUGUCCAAUCUCAAACUGUUUAAAGGGGAGUAAGAUUUAGGUUAUUUGGCAGUCCUGGCAAAUUUGAUUGAAGUCCCUCAAAUCCCACUUUUUCUGCUGGUUGAUAUAUGACAUAUCAAAUUCACAGUUAAUGAUUACCCUAAUUACAAUGUCUGACUUUCACACAUAUGAAGUACAAUGCGGACAUGAGAUUUUUAAUGACAACUUCUUUGUUUGUAACACUAUAUCAAGGGUAUUUCUUGCCCCUUUCAGCGGAUGAAUGAAGUAUGAAUGAAGACGAUCAACAUGUAGACCUGAAUAUUGUUGCAAACAAUAAAGAUGAGGUUUUCAUAAAUGUUUCAUGUCUUCAUGUCCUUCCGACUUCUAAAUGCCUAUCACAGGCUUAUUAAGUACGGUGUCUAGAACAAAGCAGAACAUGGGCACCAGGUCGUUACGUGCCGUCCCCUUUUAAGGAAUCAUGACAGAUUUGCUGAAAUUUGGUUUUAAAUGUUUCUAAAUCCUCAUGCUCCUUACCAUGAUCUGGUGAGGAAACAUCCCAUUCCUGCUGCAAAUGGCUGAAAACAAUAUUCACUUACUUUUUAAUAGUUGAUUGUGUAUACUUGAUAUUACACUGUAGUUAUUUUGUUACUGACAUUAAAUGUCUGUUCAUCAUGAUUCAUAUGUGAUAAGGAAAAGUAUUGGGUCAUGUAUAGUUUUUGAUUGGAACUCCCUGUGUCUCUGCUGUACAUAUGUGUACAACAUCAACUUCGGAGAGGCAAUUAUUGUGUCCUCUAUGAUGUCCAAUCAUGGACUGUCUGUACCCAUGUUCAUUACUAAGUUUUGUUCCCUUGCAAGUUGCUUUGUUUAUUGACAUGUUAGGGGUCUUUAUUGAAACUGGUAUCUUUGUACGGUAAUGGUAAGAUGUCUAGAUACAUGCUUUUUGUCUUGUUGAAUAAUGGAGUGUUUCAUCAGAGUUGUAUAUUGUUUGUAUGAAUGGAAUAUGUCUUGUAUAGACAGCUGACUCAAUCACAACAGAUGAUCUAUGCAGAUUAAUGUAUCCAAGUCUUGCCAAAAUUGCCGUACAUAUUUUGUUGCAAUUAUGUUGCUUGGUUAUCAUGGUUCCAUUUUAAUUGAAGAAAUACCAAGACCGGUUCAGGUGCAUUUUAGAUAUAGUGAUUUAUGUUUUGAUGAAAUUCAUGCUUCAUAGAUACUUUUGUAAUUAUGAUUGAAACAAAGGAUUGUCAGCUGCAUUUUGUAGAUAAAUAGCCAGUGUUGUACCUGGCAUCAUGGCAAUAUAUUCAGAAACCUGAGUUAAUAUUCUGUAUUUGACUGGUCACUAAUCAGACAUAUAGCAAGCACAUUAAAUAGUUCACAAUUUGUGUAAAAUUUACUCCAGCCAGUAGUGUGUGUGUAAUGUAAUUUCUGUAUAUGUUCUAUACACUAGCUGAUGACAUUUUGUAAAGAUAAAAAAUUAUGGACAUCAGAUAUGACAUCUGUUUGUGUUGAUGUUUCUAUGAUAAUCUGAUAUACUCACCGCCAAAAGAAAAUGAACCAUAGAAACAUAGAGAAGUAUGUUCGUUAAGAAGAGAUGUUUCCAAUGUGUACCAAUUAAUGACAAAACAAUCAGUCAGAUGUUACCACAGGGUGUCUUUAUACUUUGCAUGAUAUGUUGCAUGUAUUUUUCAAACUUUACACACUAAUCCUGCACGAGACAAAUGGUGCAUCUCGAGUCAUGGAUCUAUGAUGUCACAUGUGAUGCGUUCAUGAGCUUGGGUUGACACUACAUAAAAGUAUGUUCGUUUGUGCAUCGAAUCAAUCUAAUAUCUCUUGCUUAUGAGUAAGUCUGCAUCUCUUUACCAACAUGUAUGGUAUUCGCAUAUCUUUUGGCAGUGAGUAUAUAUUAGUACUUGAAAAAAUGCUUCACAAUGGCAAUAAAUUUCUCAUUGACAGCAAUGUAUGAUAAAUGUGUGUUGAUCAUUGAUUCAACCUUACUCGUUAAAAAAUUACUCAACCCAUUUAUCUCAUGCACAUGCAUUCCAUUUCAUAGAAAUCUAGUCAAGUACUUCAUGUUACUGUAAUUGUUAAUAUUGCAAGAUAACUCGUAUUACUGAAAAUAAAGUAAAUUUAAAAAAAAUAUAAACAAGAUGUUAACAGUCUUUCCUGAACAUUCACUGUGGAUCUGACACAGUAGUUCACUUAUGCAUUAUACAGCUUAUUGCUUGUGACCUGACAUCCCAUCAAGAACGAUUAUUCAAUUGUCUCCAGAGAUAGAAAUCAUUCGUUCACUUCUAUUAAACUUUAGAUUGUGAUAUAUAUAUAUAUAUAUAUGUCUUAUAAAAACAAAUGCAAAACAAAAUAAAUGUUUGCCCUGUCAAAGUGUUCACAUCUAAAUAAUGUCUAUAUUUACUUUCUUUCUCAUUAUUUGCAAGCUUUUCUUCAGCACUGAUAUAGGGACCUUGAAUAGUGUAGGACUUCCUUUUAAAGUUAAAAAGAUUUUAUGACCACCAUUUCAUAGCUAUGAUCUUUUAUACUGAAUUCCUUCCACUCUUCAGUUCAGUGUCAAAUAUUUUAUUGAUGUCAUGUUCUUUUCUUCUCUUCCAUUCUUAUUUGUUUCUUCAUGAAGAAACUUGUGUGUAUCCAAUGGUAGGACAUUGGACGACAAGGACUUCAAGUACCAGUACUAAGCUUCACCCAUCAAAUAGCAUUGUGUUUAAUGUUCAGAAUGUAAGAUUGAAAGUGUAAUUUGUCUUGCUAUCUGAGGUCAGAUGUGACAAGUAUUCUGUACUGACUGAAGUCGCCAGUGAUAGUAGUAGACACGUCCUCCAUCAUAGAUUUAUAAUAUUUAUCUUUCAUUAUGGUUACAAACCAUGUACCAUUUCCGGGAAACCUCAGAAGCUUUGUGUCUCUAUCCCUGUAAUACUUUUAGAAGUACCAUACUGCUCCUAACAGAAUGUGAAAUUAUCAGGAACUUAAGAAUAUGACUGUGAAUUACUAAUUUCAUUUUCAAUAUGACUCUGGGCUGAACAAUGGUAUAAAUAAGAUUUUAGAAGUAGUCAGAGAUCACAGGUGAGGGGACUGUUUUGGGGUAUGUUUCAAAUUCUAAUCUUCGUUUAAAACCUCAAAUCAACUUUCCAGUAAGUGCAGUCCUUUUCCUCCUUAUCACGUGCUUGUGACACCAAAGUUGCCUUGCGAAUAUGUUAAGUAAUAAUGGAUGGCUUCUUUGUGGUGCUAUUUGAUGUGUAGGGAAUUCAGUCAGAUUUUUCAGAUUGUGUGCUCUUUUUACAAUUUGUUCAGGGUUUGUUCAAAUGUGUGGAUAAUUGAUUUGAUAUGAUCAUGGUUGGAAUAUUUUUAACUAUUCUCAAGAUUCAAAUGAUUAUUUAACCAUGCUCCAUGCUGUAUCUUCUGAAUUAAACAUCCAGGAAACCUGAGUACCAGUCAAUAUGAGUUUGUUUCCUCUCAUAUGACACUUACAUAUUCCCUAGUUUAUUGAUCAUGCUGACUGUUUCAAAAUACUUGCUAUUUCAUGAUGAGGUUGGUACUGUGGUUUGUAUUUUCCGACACAGUCCAAUUAUGGGAUUUGUGUCAAUGACAAUAUUUAUUGUGUAAAUAACUGUUUCAGCACGUCAUCUGUGUGUAAAUUCAUUUAUCAAGCAUGUGCCCCGUCUUGUUCUUGUAACUGUAAAUAUGAAUAUUUUUGUGAAUAAAUAAUCUUUAAUCAGA